AUGGAGAGUAACAAUGAAGCAUUAGAUUGGGCAACUUUCAAACAAAAAUUUAUGGACAAGUAUUUCCCAUCAAGUGCUAGAUAUGAGAAAAAAGCUCAAUUCCUCAGACUUUACCAAGGUAAUAUGACUAUCUCUGAGUAUGCUAACAAAUUUGACUCACUAGCCAAAUAUUUCUGCUAUUUUCGUGACCAUGUGGAUGAGAAUUAUAAGUGUGAGAGGUUUGAGAAAGGACUCAGACAUGAGAUUAAGGAAUCUGUGGAGCCCUUGGAGAUUCGUCAGUUCCAAGUACUAGUGGAGAAACGUAAGAAGGGACAUCAGGACCGCAAUAAUAGGGGCAAACAACAAAACCAUACACCCGACCUCAAAGGGGUGGAAGAGACCAAUCUCAAUCACAAUUCAAGGGAGCGACCGGGACAUUUUGCUAGGGAUUGUCGAGCACCAAGGAGAGAUCAUGUUCCAUCUACCAACAAUAAUAAUGAUGCUAUCCAGCCUACUGCUAAGGAACGUGCCUAUCACAUUGGAGGACAGGAAGCUUCGAAUGCCUCAGGAUUAAUCCAGGGUGAGUGUGAAAUUGCAGACAUACUAUUCCCAAUAUUAUUUGAUUCUGGUGCUACUCAUUAUUUCAUCUAUGUGGAGUGUGCAAAUUCUAUACAACUACUUGUUACUUCACUACCUUUUGAUUUGGUGGUCACAAUACCAUCUUCUAAACCUGUAAUACUUAAUGAAGCUUGCUUACAAUGCCCCUUAGCUAUCUUGGGCAUAAAAUUCAAAGUCGACCUAAUUUGUAUUUCCCUAAAACAUUUGGGAGUGAUCCUUGGGAUGGACUGGUUAUCUAGUCAUCAUGUUAUCUUGGAUUGUGCUCGAAAGUCUGUAAUCUUUCCAGACCCUGAUGUUUCUCGAUUCCUCAACACCAACCGAUUGAAAAUUUCUUUGAAGGGAGGCAUCCAGAAGUAUGCAUUCUUAAAUUCUAUCAGCAUGAAACCAGAAGUGACGAUCAAUGAGAUGCGAGUGGUAAGAGAGUUUCCAGAAGCAUUUCCAUUAGAUGUGUCGGGGCUACCUCUAGUACGUGAGGUUGAAUUUGCUAUCGAUGUGAUCCCAGGAAGUGCACCUAUUCAUAUUGCUCCAUACAUAAUGGCUCCAUCUGAGAUGUUAGAGCUUAAAAGACAACUUGAAGACUUGCUAUCAAAUAAUUUUAUCUGA